AUGAGCUCCUCUAGCCGCGCACAUCUCGGCCGCAAGGCGAAACAAUCUGUGCAAUACAACCAACAGGAUCUAUGGCAACCCGACAUGGUUACUGGCGAUCCCAUAUUCAGGAAAAUAAAUAUGCUGAACAAUCAGCGGUUCAAGGGAAAGCUGUUUGCCAAGAUUGACCACAUCAUCAUGACGGCUCUAUUCAUGAAGAAGCGCUUCGCUAAGCAUGGCAAACAACCUGGGCGGUGGAACAAUGUGGUACCGGCCACAUCCUCUUCAGGUACUGCAGGGACUGGAAGACUUGACGACAAAGACUACAUGAUUCGAUUGGCGCGCCUGGCAACGGACUGGAAUGAGCUUACUCAUCCGAGUGCGGAGAGCAAGCCGCUAGUUGAACUCGUCGAAGACGGCGUGGAUGCAUUCUUCGAACACAACCUUCUCGGUGCCGAGACGCCGCUCAAGAGGCAAAUUGUGUACAAGUGA